CAGUCCUCACAGCUUCAUCAGAGACCAACUCAACACAUGGAAACAGAAGCUGAUGGAGAGGACUGUGGAGGACCAGAACCAGCCAGGAACUCUCAUCGACAUCCACUUUCACAACCAGAGAAUGAAGACCAGAAUGGAGGCUCUUCUGAUCCUGAGACUGAUGACAGUACUGAUUGGAAGGAGACCAGAGAACCUCAGUCAGCCUUAAACUCUCUGAAACAUGAUUCAAGAUGUAAGAAAACAUUCAGCUGCUCUGAGUGUGGGAACAGAUUUAGCUUCAAGUCAGAUCUGAAGACACAUAUGAGAAUCCACACAGGAGAGAAGCCUUUUAGCUGCUCAGUUUGUAAUAAAUCUUUUACACGGAGAGGAAGUUUACGGUCACACAUGAGAAUCCACACAGGAGAAAAAUCUUUUAGCUGCUCUGAGUGUGGUAGAGCUUUCACUGAACGUGGAAACCUGAAGAACCACAUGAUGACUCAUUCUGGAGAAAAACCUUUCAGCUGCUCAGUCUGUAAGAAAUCUUUUACACAGAGAGGAAGUUUACAGAAACACAUUAGAAUCCACACAGGAGAAAAACCUUUUAGCUGCUCAGUUUGUAAUACAUCGUUUACACAGAGUGGAGAUUUACUGAAACACAUGAGAGUCCACACAGGAGAGAAACCUUUCAGCUGCUCUGUUUGUAAGAAAUCUUUUACACAGAGAGGAAAUUUACGGUUACACAUGGCCGUAGUCCAUGCAGUACUCAUUUGAAGUAAACCAUCUGUUGACUCUCCUCUCCUUGUCCCCGUGGGCGCUGGGUGAAUUUUCGAAAACCUGCGGCCUCUGUGUCAGGUUCCCAGGGCAGUCUAUGCUGCAGACCUGCCGGCUCCUGCCAGGUUCGGCCUGGUUAACGCUAUAUCCCUAGCGAAGAAAACUUUUAUUCUGAAUGAUUUCUUCAUUUCCCGUGGAUUGGAUUUCUUUUUUAUGACAGAGACCUGGAUGACUGUUGGGGAAUCCAGUGCUUUCUCUGAAUUAUUGCCGCAUGAUUGUUAUUUUAACUCCCCAUGGAUAUCGGGUCGAGUAGGAGGAAGAGGCGACUGUCUACAAGA